GCCAAAGACUACAACUAACAAGAAGGAGUUGAUUACCAAGACACUUUUGCCCCAGUUGUCAAAAUGACAACCAUCAGACUGUUCUUAGCAAUUGUUGUUGCUCAAAACUGGCAUGUUCACCACUUGGAUGUGAACAAUGCCUUUUUACAUGGGGACCUUGACCAGGAAGUCUACAUGAAACUCCCACCAGGCUACAAGCCUCCAGCAGGCUUCAAAUCUCCAGUCUGCCUAUUGAAAAAGUCACUCUAUGGUCUAAAACAGGCAUCAAGGCAGUGGUUCUCUAAACUGGCAGACAAACUCAGGUCACAAGGCUACCAAUCGAGAAAAGUGGAUCAUUCAUUAUUAUACAAGGCCACUAAAUCCUCCUACACAUGCAUACUUGUGUAUGUUGAUGACUUGGUCAUUGGAGGAACUGACUUACAAGAAAUCACCAGUCUCAAACAGUCCCUUCACAAUGCCUUCAGCAUCAAAGAUUUGGGACCCCUCAAAUUCUUUCUGAGCAUCAAGGUGGCCAGAUCAAAACAAGGCAUCCACAUUUCUCAAAGGAAAUACACACUGGAAAUUUUGGAAGAAGCAGAUUUAUUGAAUUGCAAACCAGUCACUACACCAAUGGAUUACAAGAUUCACCUAUCAUCUCAACAUUCUGACCCCUUUCAAGAUCCCACUCUAUACAGAAGACUCGUGGGCAAGCUCAUAUACCUCACCACUACAAGACCAGAAAUUAGCUAUACAACACAACAGGUGAGCCAAUUCAUGUCUAAUCCAAGCCAAGACCACUACAAAGCAGUUCUCAGAAUUCUAAAAUACCUCAAAUCAACUCCCUCCAGUGGACUUUUCUUCUCAGCUACUUCUUCACUUCAGCUCAAGGCUUUCAGUGACUCUGACUGGGCGGCUUGCAUUGACACUCGGAGAUCAACAACAGGGUACUGUGUUUACUUGGGUGACUCUCUAAUCUCAUGGAAGAGCAAAAAGCAAACCACCAUCUCCCGCUCUUCCUAUGAAGCUGAAUAUAGGGCACUCGCUCACACAAGCUGCGAAAUCCAAUGGAUCCUCUAUCUUCUCCAAUGCUACAAAUUGGCCAUCCCCAACCAGCAAUUCUUUAUUGCGACAACCAGUCUGCAAUCUACAUCGCCGAAAAUCCAACCUUCCAUGAAAGGACGAAACACAUUGAGCUUGACUGCCAUUUUGUGCGCGACAAGAUCAUCUCCAACAUCAUCAAGGUGCUUCACAUCUCCACCGUGCAUCAGCUGGCAGAUCUCUUCACCAAACCUCUUCCUCCGGCGACCUUCAAUCACAUUCUCUCCAAGCUUGGUGUGCUGAAUCUCUGCCCACCAGCUUGCGGGGGGUAUCAGAGAAAAACCUUCGUUUUUCUUCGCCUGAAAUGGAACCAGAAUCAGCAGAGCAGGAGGCAGAGCUCCAUCAUUCAUAUCCAUCGACCAUUGCAACCCAGACGGCGCCGUAUCCACUAAAGCAAACUCAAGCAGCAGUCAAGACGACGACGCAUCGGACCUGGAGUGAAGUAGUCUCUGGCAAAUUACCAAACGAGUCCCAAACUAGUUAACUUGUUCAUUUUCCUGUUACGGAAUGUACUUUCUUCUGUCCCAAGCUUGUCUUCUUUCCUUGAUCUGUAAACCCAAACUCAACAUCAUAUAAGCUGAUUGAAGAAGUGAAAAUCAAUACAAGCCAAAAUUCCAAAAGCAAAACAAACUGUUAUUGUCUAAGGAAGGAAUGGUAUUAGCAGAUGUGUCAUACCAGGAAGACUCCUUCUAAAGGAUCACACUAACAACAUGCCCUAUACCCAACCAUAUAUCCCUGUGAGUUGUGAUUUUGCUAGUAUAGUUAAUUUAAAAUGAAAUUCAUACUUUGGUUUUCGAAACAUAGAUAAAAGAGUGACACUUGCUAUACUCUAACCAUAUAUCAUAUACUCUACACCAUAGACCCUGUAUCCUAACCACGUAGCUAAACAUAAAUUUAAAAAGGAUCUCAUGCCGUUAAAGAUUUUAAAUGACUUUAAGUGAACAAAUGUUAAUAAAAAACUUAGAACCAUCCAAACCAUCAAUACCUUAUACCCUAACCAUAUACACCCUAAACCAUUUGUACCUUAUACCUUAUACCCUAUACUCUAACCAUAUACUUUAUACCCUAAACAACGAACCGUCAAAAAUUACUUAUCAAGUUUAGCAUAAUUGUUGGCUCAUAUCCACCUGCCCAUAAAUUUUCCAUUCCAAAGUUCCUAUCCAAACCUCCCUCUCAUUUUCCAUUCCAAAGUGACCCACAACCCGAUAAACAAAAUUAACAGUUAACGCCCAUUUUGAAAUGAAAGUUCAACUUGAACACAACUUAAAUGUGCGAAAAUUUUACUAAGUGUUGUAAUAUAACGAUCAUGUAGUGUUGAAAUUACAAUAAAUGUAGAAACAUAGAAAAACAAGUAGACAAAUUAAGUGAUUUUUUUCUAAAAUAAAUGAUUGUUGUAAAC